AUGUCCCAGGGAGGGUAUUUUGAGGGCAGUGAGCAGCGGCAAUACCAAGCCCUGGAGAUGCCCCCUGCCAGGCCCAGCGGCACGGACCUGGGCCCCCUCUGUGAGUCGGAGCUGGCCUCCUACAUUGGAGACGAGCAGCUGCUCUCGGAGCUGCUGCAGGGGGCCGGGCAGAGGGGGCCCAAGCCAAGCACCCCCUUCUCCAAUUUCUUCCCUGGGGAGCCAUACCCCUACCUGUCUUACGGAGGGGAGCGCAAGGUCCUCGGUCCCUUUGACCCGCGGCCGGUCGCUGUCAAGGAGGAGCCACGAGGAGGCGAGGCCGGUCGCGCAGGCGGGCGCCACCAGUACAACCCCAUGCACUUCUCGCCAGCCCACUGUGCCCAGGUGGCCCUCGCUCAGCCUGGCAUCCGGGCCGGACAAGCACUGAGAGUCCUCAAGGUAAGGAGGAGAAGCACAAUCCCCCUGUUCCCAGCUUUGCUUUCACCCUCAGCCAGCUUGGAGACUUUCUCAACUCUAUAACCAAAUUAAAAAAUGGUGACCCCCCCACUUUGGAGGUCAUUGGUGACUACUCACCCUACCGGCUAAGUCCUCCUGUUGUGGUUGGAGGCAGAGAUGCUUCUGAAUGCCAGUUGCUGGAAGCCACAGGAAGGUGAGAGUGCUCUGGUGCUUGAAUCCUACUUGCGAGGUUCCCACUGGCUGGCCACUGUGAGAACAGGAUGCUUGCUGGGCCCCUGGCCUGAUCCUGCAGGCUCUUCUUAGGGUCUGAGCUCCUCCUGACUCCAAAACCUGUCCACACUAGCACAGCUCCUUUCCCCACCCCAUCUCUCAAACCUCAAUCUUCUUCGAAUACUUAUUACUGUUAACUAUUGUUAUUGAAAGUGCUUUAGAGAGUAAAAAGAAAAGAAGAAAGGGGGGCAAGCCUGUCCCUUUCGGGGCUUAAAUCUAUAACCUGAUGCACAGGCGAGAGCAGAGGAAGGGGAAGGAAGUGGAGAGACAGUGGGAGAUGGGAAGAAGAUGCAGUUAGGUCGGUUGCACAUACUUAGGUUUAGUUACAGCAGGGACCGGGUGCACGGGCAAGAGCAGGGGGUAACUCAUGUUGUGCCCUCCAGAUGUUGCAGGGCUCCAGCCCCCUAUCAGCACCAACAAUCAGGGAUGAUGCAGUUAAACAAGGUCUGGAGAGCUGCACCAUGUUUGUUGCCCCUGGACAAGGGCCUGUUUUGCCAAAGUUUGCACGGAAAAGGUGGGUUUUGAGGAGAGGUUUUAAGGGAGCCAAGAGAGGGACAAAAAUGAGUUCUUUUUGGAUCCCAGUUCCUUUCUAUCUGGAACUAUAGGGCUCAGUCCUGAAGUGUUUGCCUCCGUUCCUAAAACCUGACUUGCCUGCUCUCUUAAUCCGGGACCCCAGUGUCCCUCGUCAGCCCUUGUGAAUGCGGUCUCUGCAACACGGGGAUAAAUGCAUGAUAUAAGCUAUAACCCACACCAAGAAAAAGGGGAAAGGAGCUGAGCUUAAGAGAGGUAAAAAAAAGCCUCCUUCAACAGCUCCGUUAAAGGGCCCUUCCCAUGACUGCGAGUGAACGAGAGAUAAUUUUGUGAGAUGAUGUGCAGAGAAUCAAGGAUCUAUGAUGGAACAAGUAAUCGACCAGGCAAAAUUAGGUAAAACACAGGGACCACAUGAGCUACCAGCAAAAUACAGUAUUACAAAAAAAUUGCAGGACUACUUAAUGCAACCAUUAAAAGACACUGCGAACAGGAUAUUAAAAACCUGAGAGAUUCCAGAUACAUGGAAGAAUGCAUAUAUCACAGUGACUUCCUUUAACCUAAACCAAGGAUCUCUGUUACAAGCGCAUACUUUUUCAGAAACAAGGUUUCAUAGUGGCGCAGCAAUAAAACUGCCAGCACACGUGUGGAAGCUAAGCAGGGCCCGGUUUGGUUUCAGAUUGGAUGGGAGACCAGGUUCCUGCCUUGCAGGGGGUUGGACUGGAUGACCCUGGGGGUCCCUUCCGACUCUACAAUUCUAGGAUUCUAUGAGAGGGGUAGGUAUUGUUUCCAGAGCAGGCUGGGCCCAUAAGGGCAUCUGGAGGCACAGCUCCACCAACCUCAGCCAGCCCCACCUGCCUACCUUGUUCUCCUCCUUAUUUCAUUGCUAUUUAUUUGAUUAUUUCUUUGAUUCUUGCAUGCACCCAUUCCAAGGAGUGGCCCUGCCUGCCCGCUUCCUCCUUCUUAGGGUUAUCUUUGCAGAGCUCAGCAGGCAGGAAGGUGGGGAUGAAACUAGAAUCUGCUGUGUCUCUGCCUGCCAUUGGCUGUGGUUCCACUUAUGGCCCCACCAGUUUCAAUGGUCACCAGCUGCCGGUGCUUAUCCCAGAAUCCAAGGGUGUGGAGCCAAUAUCUGGAGCAUCAGGGAGGGCCCUCCUACAACCGGCAAUCUCCAUCUUGGCACGGAGGGCGUUUCUAGGCAGCUGCAUAUUCUGGGAUGGGUGAUGCCUCUUACAGGCAAAUGUUUUGCAGUGUCCACCCACAUUGUUGGCAUUAAAAUGCCAACCUGUAUCUUUCCCCCAAUUAACCCUGAUUUAUCCAUUUCGGAGGAAAUCAAAAAAAUCAUAAUUAUUAUUAAAAUCUGUUUUAAAUUAUCUAUUAGUGAUAUCUGAAUGAUCCAUUUACAGUAUCAAGUAUUAAUCUUUAUACUGUUUUAAAGCAGGCUACACUUUAAGCAUAUGUUUGUGUAUGUAUAUAUAUAUGUGUGUGUAUAUAUAUAUAUAUAUAUAUAUAUAUAUAUAUAUGGCUACACUUUUGUGAAAAUUUGGUUUCAUAAAAGUAUUGGCCAGCUGUGGGUUUUGAGGCCUGAUGCGCUCUCUCUCUCUCUCUCUCUCUCUCUCUCACACACACACACACACACACUCUUGGGCUAGUGUCCCUAACCCGUGGAAGGAUCUAUCCAUUUCAAUUGUCUUGGUUUCUUGCUUUUUCCAAUAUUAAAUUCCAUUCUUUGCAUCUCUGUGACAAUGUGAGAUUUCAGCAAGACUCCUCGUGAAAAUUCACUGGCCUUUUAGUGUAAUUUUCUCCUAGUAAACACAUUUUGUACGCAGUUUUUACUACCGUACACCUUUUGCAAGAGAUUUCCCCAAUAUAAUGCAUUUUUAUAUUUUUUGUUUGUUUGUUUUGUUUUUGCUAAUACAGUCAUUAUUACCUUACCCUAACAUGCAUUUUUGUAAGCAUUGAUUGCCUGGAGAACUGCAUUGCAAAAUUCAGAGAGUUCCAAAGGACAGUCGCGUUUCGCUUUUGUAAGCUGUUUCGGAAACCUGCAAACUUGAUAAGUUUGAGUACGAAGCAAAUAAAAUCCCUGAUUUUUUGCCCUUCCCGCUCCUCCCUCUGUGUCUCCGCAGGGCCCCCCUUGCAGCCCGUCCCCACCCUGUACCCCCAAGGGGAAGAAAUCGGUCAACAAAGACAGCCUGGAGUACCGGCUACGCCGCGAGCGCAACAACAUCGCCGUGCGCAAGAGCCGCGACAAGGCCAAGCGCCGGGUGCUGGAGACGCAGCAGCGCAUGGUGGAGCUCCUGGGAGAGAACGAGAGGCUGCGCAGCCGGGUGGAGCAGCUGGUGCAGGAGACAGAGACCCUUCGUGACAUUUUCCGCCAGAUGCCUGAGGCGGCCGGGCUUAUCAAAGGGCUUGGGGGCUGCAGCUGA